ACCACAAAGUUUGGGUUGCAUGCCACAUAUUGGCUGAUCAAAGCUUGGGAGGAGUUUGUUGUGUCUGUUUUAAUAGUGGAGGACAGUAAAGUUGUCUCUGGAAGGAAUGCAAUGGUUGGAGACUGGUUCUUUGUGGUGGCAGCCUUGGUGCUCUUUGUAGGGAGCCUGAACAUGGACGUCCUGAAUUGAUCCAUAACUUGUUCUUUGUCCUGGUCACAGUCUCCGCAGUCCCUCAGAUCCCCCUGCAGGGUUAUUACAUCUUCUUUGGAGUAGCUUGUUCUCUCUUCACUGCAGUCUCGAUCUAUGGCACCUUCACCCGUCUCAUCAACACCAUUGCAGAAAAGUCUCUCAUACCUGUAGGACCACAACCAGUGUCUUCUGAGCAGAUGAUUAGGGCUUUGAGCUGUGGAAGGUCAAAGCAAGGAGAUCAGGAUGUGCUUCCCCCAGGUGAUCAGACCUCAGAUGCUCUGUUCUAUCUUUCAAAUGGGGUUGCAGCUUUGUCAGCUCUUCAUUCAAGAAGGAUGAGUAUAAACUCUUCUCUCCUGCACCUGACCAUCCCCUGGGUCCUGAUCUCUGGAGCUAUCAUCCAGGCCUAUGUCAGCAGGCUGCAAGUCACAGGAGGCGGCCGCUUCGGGUCAGUCAUCUUCCAUCUAUGUUGUUGUCUGGGCAACGUGGACAUGGUUUAGAUUUGCAGGUGACCAGCUUCAGCUCUCAACCGAGGCCAAUUAUGGUUUUGCUGCAGGAGCCAUUGCCUUCCUUGUCAUCAAUGCUUUUCUUAUGCUGAUUGCUGCUUAUAGAAACCUGGUUCUUCUGUUCCUGACAACACUGAUGGAGGUGGUUCUUGUUUGCUUCCUUCUCUCCACCCUGAACAAGCUGCCAUAUGAACUUGAAAUUGCCAUGCUUGCAUUGGUGUCUCUCAUAUGCAUAUAUGGCACUUUGGCGUCACUGAUAAACUUUAUGUUCUCACAAAGAGUGUUGCCACUGGGCCCUCCUCUCUUUAAGGAAAAAAUGAAGUCAGAAAUAUCUGAGGAGCUUCCCUGUCCGGUGGCUAACUCUCGCCUCACAAGCGGCCUCUUAAAAAUAGCUGAGCUUCUGGAAGAGGGAGGCGUGUGCGGUAUUCCCACAGACACUGUCUACGCUCUGGCAGCCUCCUGCAAGAAUCCCCAGGCUAUAGAGAAAAUCUACAACAUUAAGGACCGGCCAGCAGAGAAGCCUAUAUGCAUUUGCAUUUCUAGUGUAGAGCAGCUGGUGGCAGCUAAGCCUCCGUUCAGCCCUCUGCUGUGGGAGUUCAUGAGGAACGUUUAUCCAGGAGGCAUCAGCUGCAUCGUCAGCAAAGGAGACUGGCUAUUUCAACUUGGAGUUGGAGCAGCUUACGAUCGCGUUGGCACCAGGGACAGCAUCAUGAUCCGUGUUCCUGACCACACGGUGACGUGCCACUUGUGUGACAUGACUGGACCCCUUGCUAUUACAUCUGCCAAUCCCAGUGGAGAGCCAGACAGCACCCACCACAGUAUGGUCAUCAAUCGACUAGGGCACAAGAUCCAGGGUGUUCUCUGUGAUGGUGACUCAAAUGAGGUUGUUGCUUCCACUGUGGUCAACUGUCUGAGGAUUGAUGAAGGAAUCAUCGGCAUUGUCAGGGAGGGCUGCGUUCCUGCAGCAAAGGUUCAGCAGAUCUUUGACAGAGUGAAAGGCACUAUGUUGUGAUUGUCAACUUCUGAAAAGUUUUACUUUACUUUGACAAGUUCAGCUGCUUCAUUAGUCAUGUGUUUUUUUUCACUUUCUGUGUAAAUCUAUGUGAGUUUAGAGCAUUUUACAAUGAAACAGCUGUUCUGCACUGUUGGUCCAAAAGAUGUUAAGC